GUAUAUUCUUAUUUACAUGGAAUGGAAGCGCUAUCUAAUCUGAGAGAGCACCAGUUCAGUGGUGAAUCAUUUUAGAGCUUAUUGAGGCAGUUUUGGUUCAAGUUUAUAACAUGAAUACACUGUGAGGUAACCAGAUGUCAUAUUCAAAAAAGGUCAGAGCAUUCUUGAAGGCUGUUCAGAAAUGUGACUGAUGUGUGAAACCGUAAGAUAUGAAAGACACGAAGCAAAUGAAGUUCUUUACUACCCUGAUGAUAUUGGUACCUGUUGGUAUAUCCUCCUGUCUGGCUCAGUAUUCAUCAAAGAGUCUAUGUUUCUUCCAAGGAGCAGUUUUGGCAAGCGUUCUGCAGGGAGCUUGAGGCGUGGCUGUGAGUGCAUUGUUUUAGAGCCAUCUGAAAUGAUUGUGGUGGACUAUAUGGAUGAAAAUGAAGAAUAUUUCCAACGCCAAGCAUCUCAUAGACAGUCCCGAAGGAGAUUUAGAAAAAUCAACCAAAAAGGAGAGAGACAAACAAUUAUUGACACUGUGGAUCCUUAUCCUGUGGGGAAGCCACCUUUACCUAGAGGAUAUCAUACGGAAUGCACUAAACCUCAGCUUCCUGCAGAUUUCACAAAACUGCACCUUACUGACAGUCUCCACCCACAGGUGACCCACGUUUCAUCUAGUCAUUCAGGAUGUAGCAUCACUAGUGAUUCGGGAAGCAGCAGCCUUUCUGAUAUCUACCAGGCCACUGAAAGUGAGGCUGGUGAUAUGGACCUAAGUGGGUUACCUGAGACAGCAGUGGAUUCAGAAGAUGAUGAUGAUGAAGAAGACAUUGAGAGGGCAUCAGACCCUCUUAUGAGCAGAGAUAUUGUUAGAGAUUGCCUGGAAAAAGACCCAAUAGACAGGACAGAUGAUGAUAUUGAACAACUAUUGGAAUUCAUGCAUCAAUUGCCUGCUUUUGCCAACAUGACUAUGUCAGUGAGGAGAGAACUCUGUGCUGUGAUGGUAUUUGCAGUUGUGGAGAGAGCAGGAACCAUAGUACUAAAUGAUGGGGAAGAGCUGGAUUCCUGGUCAGUUAUUUUGAAUGGCUCUGUAGAAGUGACAUAUCCUGAUGGAAGAAUGGAGAUACUGUGUAUGGGAAACAGUUUUGGUGUUUCUCCUACCCUAGACAAGGAAUACAUGAAGGGAGUGAUGCGAACCAAAGUGGAUGACUGCCAGUUUGUAUGCAUAGCCCAGCAAGAUUAUUGCCGCAUCCUCAAUCAAGUGGAAAAGAAUAUGCAGAAGGUGGAGGAGGAGGGAGAGAUUGUUAUGGUGAAGGAGCACAGAGAGCUGGAUCGCACUGGAACGAGGAAGGGUCACAUUGUCAUCAAGGGAACAGCUGAAAGGCUCACGAUGCAUUUGGUAGAAGAACACUCUGUGGUGGAUCCAACAUUUAUAGAGGAUUUCCUUUUGACCUACCGGACCUUUCUUUCCAGCCCAAUGGAUGUGGGCAAGAAGUUGUUGGAGUGGUUCAGUGACCCUAGCCUCAGGGACAAGGUUACACGGGUAGUGUUGUUGUGGGUCAAUAAUCACUUCAAUGAUUUUGAAGGAGAUCCUGCUAUGACUCAAUUUUUAGAGGAAUUUGAGAACAAUUUGGAAAGGGAGAAAAUGGGUGGACAUCUGAGGCUGUUAAAUAUUGCAUGUGCUGCUAAAGCUAAACGAAGAUUGAUAACAUUAACAAAGCCAUCUCGAGAAGCCCCUUUACCUUUUAUCUUGCUGGGGGGGUCAGAAAAGGGAUUUGGAAUCUUUGUUGACAGUGUGGAUUUUGGUAGCAAAGCCACAGAAGCAGGCUUGAAACGUGGUGACCAGAUAUUGGAGGUGAAUGGUCAAAACUUUGAAAACAUCCAACUGUCAAAAGCCUUGGAAAUUCUUAGGAACAAUACUCAUUUAUCUAUCACUGUGAAAACCAACUUAUUUGUUUUUAAGGAACUUCUAACAAGAUUGUCAGAGGAGAAAAGAAAUGGUGCUCCCCACCUGCCUAAAAUUGGUGAUAUUAAAAAAGCAAGUCGUUACUCCAUUCCAGACCUUGCUGUUGAUGUGGAGCAGGUGAUAGGACUAGAAAAAGUUAAUAAGAAAAGCAAAGCCAACACAGUUGGAGGACGAAACAAACUAAAAAAGAUACUUGAUAAAACGCGAAUCAGUAUCCUGCCUCAGAAACCGUACAACGAUAUUGGAAUUGGCCAGUCCCAAGAUGACAGUAUUGUAGGACUGAGGCAAACCAAACACAUCCCUCCUGCUCUACCAGUCAGUGGAACCCUGUCAUCCAGUAAUCCAGACUUAUUGCAGUCGCAUCACCGCAUCUUAGACUUCAACACAACUCCAGACUUACCAGACCAAGUCCUCAGAGUUUUCAAAGCAGAUCAGCAAAGUCGUUACAUUAUGAUUAGUAAGGACACAACGGCAAAGGAAGUAGUCAUUCAGGCAAUUCGGGAGUUUGCCCUCACUGCUACGCCUGAUGCAUAUUCAUUGUGUGAAGUGUCUGUCACUCCAGAAGGUGUAAUCAAGCAGAGGAGGCUUCCAGAUCAGCUGUCCAAGCUUGCUGAUAGAAUACAGCUAAGUGGCAGGUAUUAUCUGAAAAACAACAUGGAGACAGAAACCCUGUGUUCAGAUGAAGACGCUCAGGAGUUAUUAAGGGAAAGCCAAAUUUCUCUGUUGCAGCUUAGUACUGUGGAGGUGGCUACACAGCUCUCCAUGCGAAACUUUGAGUUGUUCCGUAAUAUUGAACCCACAGAAUAUAUAGAUGACCUAUUUAAACUCAAAUCUAAAUCAGGAUGUACUAAUCUGAAAAAGUUUGAAGAAGUAAUAAACCAAGAAACAUUCUGGGUAGCAUCUGAGAUUCUGAGAGAAACCAACCAGCUAAAAAGGAUGAAGAUCAUUAAACAUUUCAUUAAGAUAGCACUACACUGCAGGGAAUGCAAAAACUUCAACUCCAUGUUUGCAAUCAUCAGUGGCCUGAAUUUGGCACCUGUUGCAAGGCUCCGCACCACUUGGGAAAAGCUUCCAAGCAAAUAUGAGAAGCUGUUUCAAGAUCUUCAAGACUUGUUUGAUCCAUCUAGGAACAUGGCAAAAUAUCGCAAUGUUCUAAACAGCCAAAACUUACAGCCGCCUAUUAUUCCUCUGUUCCCUGUUAUCAAAAAGGACCUUACUUUCCUUCAUGAAGGAAAUGACUCAAAAGUGGAGGGCUUGGUUAAUUUUGAGAAGCUGAGAAUGAUUGCAAAAGAAAUUCGCCAUGUUGGUAGGAUGGCUUCUGUUAACAUGGAUCCUGCUUUAAUGUUCAGGACUAGGAAGAAGAAAUGGAGGAGUUUGGGGUCUCUCAGCCAGGGCAGUACAAAUGCAGCUGUGCUAGAUGUUGCACAAACAGGGGGUCACAAAAAGCGGGUUCGUCGCAGCUCCUUCCUCAAUGCCAAAAAGCUGUAUGAAGAUGCUCAGAUGGCGCGGAAAGUGAAGCAAUAUCUCUCUAAUUUGGAUCUAGAAAUGGAUGAAGAGAGUCUUCAGACACUGUCUUUGCAAUGUGAGCCAGCCACUAACACACUACCGAAGAAUCCAGGGGACAAACGUUCUGGGAAAUCAGAAACAUCACCAGUGGCUCCUAGGGCAGGAACCCAACAGAAAACACAGCAGCAGCAUAAAGUAAACCAAGCAUUACAGGUUCCCGCUGUGUCUCUUUAUCCUUCUCGUAAGAAAGUACCAGUGAAAGACCUCCCACCAUUUGGCAUUAACUCACCACAAGCUUUAAAGAAAAUUCUUUCUUUGUCUGAGGAAGGAAGUUUGGAGCGUCACAAGAAACAAGCUGAAGACACAAUAUCAAAUGCAUCUUCACAGAUGUCUUCUCCUCCCACUUCACCACAGAGCUCUCCAAGGAAAGGUGGCAGUGGCAAUCAGCUGAGAUCUUAUGGCUCCAGACUGUCGGACCUAACCAGUUCCUCCUCUUCUCUUGGAAGCUAUACUUUGGCUCCUAGUGGCACAGUGGAUAACUUUUCAGAUUCUGGUCACAGCGAAAUUUCUUCCAGAUCUAGUAUUGUCAGCAAUUCCUCUUUUGACUCCAUGCCAAUCUCGUUACAUGAUGAGAGAAGACAGAGGCAUUCUGUCAGCAUCGUAGAAACUAAUCUUGGUGUGGGGAGGAUUGAUAGAAGAACCAUGAUUGAACCAGAUCAAUACAGUUUAGGUUCAUAUGCACCACUGUCAGAGAACAGAGGCCUGUAUGCUGGAGCCACAGUGCUUUCUUCUCCCAGUACAGAGGAGCUAUCGCAGGAUCAGGGGGAUCGAGCUUCACUUGAUGCAGCAGACAGUGGUCGUGGCAGCUGGACUUCUUGCUCAAGCGGUUCUCAUGACAACAUACAGACAAUACAACACCAGAGAAGCUGGGAGACUCUUCCUUUUGGACAUGCUCAUUUCGAUAAUGCAGGAGAUGGGGCAGGAUUGUGGGCCUCAGGCAGUCAUAUGGACCAGAUGAUGUUCCCCGAUCAUGGCCCAAAGUAUGGCAGGCAGAGUCAAGGUAGGGAGGGCCUUGAUCAAGCACAAUCCAGAGCAAGCUGGGCAUCCUCCACAGGCUACUGGGGCGAGGACUCAGAAGGUGAUACAGGUACCAUAAAGCGGAGGGGUGGGAAGGAUGUAUCGAUUGAAGCUGAAACCAGUAGCAUAACAUCUGUAACAGCAGAGGAGACAAAGCCAGCUUCCAUGCCUGCUCAUAUAGCAGUAUCAUCAAGUAGUGCAAAGGGUCUUAUUGCCCGAAAAGAGGGCCGGUAUCGAGAACCACCUCCAACUCCUCCUGGUUAUGUAGGAAUACCCAUUGCUGACUUUGCGGAAAGUAUUUCUCAUCCUGCCAGAAAACCUCCAGAUUACAACAUAGCACUUCAGCGGUCUAGGAUGAUGGCACGAACGUGUGAGAGCCAUGGGUCUUCAACUUCGCAGCAGCAAUCACAUGGUCAUUCAGCUAGCAGGCCUGUGAACAAACCUCAGUGGCAUAAACCAAAUGAGUCAGACCCACGUCUUGCUCACUAUCAGUCCCAAGGGUUUUCCACAGAAGAGGAUGAAGAUGAGCAAGUCUCCGCUGUUUAAGAACCGGGGCUUUUCUGGAUCCAGAGUGAGCCACCUUAAAGGAGAGCACAAGAAGAUGUCCCUAGAACAGGAGCCUUGGAACUAUAACUAAAGGAUGGUGGACCUAUUUGCCUCCUUCCCUGCCUUAAAGCAGCAUGGGGCUUCUUCUCCCCCUUCCUCCCCCUUCUCCCUUGCAUGUGAAAUACUGUGAAGAAAUCGCCCUGGCACUUUUCAAACUGUGUUGCUUGAAAUGCACAGUGCAGCAAUCUCCAAGCUACCACUGUCGCUGUCUGCCACAUCACACAGUAUCAUUCCAAAUUCCAAGAUCAUCACAUCAAGAUGAUUAAUUCUGGCUGCACUUCCCAAUGCCUGGAAGGGUUUUUUAAUCUUUCUUUUAGAUUUUAAUCACAAUCCUAGCACUUAGUCUCAUUGGGAUAAUGAGAUAAGCUAGUUGUCAAACUACAUUUGGCCUUUAACCUACAAAGAGAAAAAUGCAUUGAAAUCCUUCAAGGACACAGUGCUUGUUUGCUUGUUUACAAUGCCUUCAUUACAAUUCUGUAUAUUUGUGUUCUGACAGCAAAUGUUACAGCUGCAUCAUAAGUACAGUAUUAUUUCAUACCUUUAAGUAGGGUUGCCAGCCUGGGCUCGUAGAAACAAAAUGAGUAUCGCAUGGCAGAGUAUGGCAGAAUGGAAGGCAAGGGUUGUGAGACAGACUGAGCUCCACUUUUAAAGUGCCCCAUCCUGGACUCUUCAAAAGUGUACAUUUUUUGAAUUACUGGUAUUAUCAGCUGGCUUUAUGUAAAUGCAGUGCUUGCGAGUAUCCAGUGGAGAAAAACAGGACACUGUGUGUCCCAUACCUGUGCCUUGUGGAAUACAGGAUGGCAUACUGCAGAAAGUGUCCCAUUUGAAUGAGACAGAUGGCAACCCCACCUUUUAAGUUAUUGUUGUGCUCUUUCUCUCUUUUACUAUGAUUAGAAGCAUAGUUUAUUUUAAGAGAAAAAUUAACUGGAUACUUUUGCAGUGAAGGCAAGCUGGGAUGUCACAGCUACUGUCAGCUGUUUAAUACUGAUCUAAUACUCUCCCUUUAUUGACUUGGCAUUAGGGAAUAAACAAGCCUUUAAAUGACAAAUAAUGAGUUUAGAUUUGCCAGCCUUUGCAAUGCAGAAAUAGUCACAACUGUUAAUGGCUUUAUGGAACACUGCAUGUGUAGAGAAGGCCAACGUGUAGCAACCACCUGCUCACAGCUGCUAUUAACCCUGUAAUGACUGAAAUGACCCUUCCCCUCUAUUUUUGUGUUGUUUUUGCACAGACUCCGGAAAAGUGAAGGCUGCCAUUCCGAGUAGUACUCAGAUGUGAGGAACUGCUGGUCUUGGGUUUUUUUGUUUCCAUUGAACUCAGCUGAUCAUAUUGAUCAGUAGAUAAACGUAAAUAGCUUCAACUUUUAAAGAUCAAAUUGCAGUGUUUUUUCACUGUAUCAAAAAUGUCAGUGCUUUAUUUAAUUCUUUCUCCUGGCUUUUGUCUGUUUGCUUAUAUAUCACAUUGUCAAUUACGCAUUUGUAAUUUUACUUGUAAUAUGCAUUAUUUGCCAGUUUUAUUCUCUAGGCUAUGGACCUCAUGUGCAUAUAGAAAGACAGAAACCUAGCUCUAUCACAAGUUGCACAAAUGUUAUAUAAGCAUAAGUAAUUGUAGACCAUAGGACUGCUAAUCUCAGUUCGCUCUGUGAUGUCAAGUGCAGAAUGUACAAUUAACUGGUGAUUUCCUCAUACUUUUGAUACUACUUGUACCUGUAUGUCUUUUAGAAAGACAUUGGUGGAGUCUGUAUCCCUUUUGUAUUUUUAAUACAAUAAUUGUACAUAUUGGUUAUAUUUUUGUUGAAAAUGGUAGAAAUGUACUAUGUUUAUGCUUCUACAUCCAGUUUGUAUGAAGCUGGAAAAUAAAUAAAUAUAACAUUAAUGAA